CGGUCUAGUCGCGUACACGCUGGAACUGGUUUCUUCAUUCGGCAUCCGGGCCCUGGUGAGAACGGAUCGUAAAAAGUGACCGGUCGACGGAAAGUGAACUGUUAGUUAGAUAUUUUACUGUGUGAACGACCAACAGUUGCUGGAAGCUAAAAGGCGAAAAACUACACUCGAACACCAACGAACGAACAUUCGUGUAUCUUGCUGUUGGCGGUUACCAUUGUAUGGCACAUCGCCCCGUCAGCGCAAUGUCUCGUCAAGAAUCGGAAAUGAUUAACCGUAGCCGUCGUGCUUUGUCGUCAGGAACUCUGACUGACUCGAUUGAAAAACUACGACACAUGUGCCUUGCCCGUGGCGCCUCGGGCAUUCUGGGAUUGGGGCGAUGCUUCCGCCGCAUGGACGACGAUGGAAACAAGCAGCUAAAUCUGGAAGAGUUCGUCAAGGGCCUGCACGAUACCGGAUUGGACAUUUCGGUGGAGGAAGCUACAGAAAUGUUCAAUAAAUUUGAUACCGAUGGCAGCGGUUCAAUCAAUAUGACCGAAUUUCUUGUUGCAAUCCGUCCCAACAUGUCGGAAUCCAGGGUCAGCAUCGUGAAGCAGGCUUUUGCAAAGUUGGACAAGACCGGAGAUGGAACGAUAACGGUUGAGGAUUUAAAGAAUGUAUAUUCGGUGAAGAACCAUCCACUGUACAUAAGCGGAGAGGAAACUGAGGAUGUCAUCUUGCGGAAGUAUUUGGCAAAUUUUGAAGAGAAUGGAAACGUGGACGGCACCGUGACCAAAGAGGAGUUCCUCAACUACUAUGCCGGAUUGAGUGCAUCGAUCGAUUCUGAUGCAUAUUUUGAUCUGAUGAUGCGCCAGGCAUUCAAGUUGUAAACGUUGCCGUUGGGCACGACACAUCUAUUAUCGCUCGUUUUUUUGUACCCAGCAAGCAUCUUAUGUAUUCGAUUUAUUCGGAAAUCAUUGACCGAUACGAAACAAGUUUUAACACACCUUAAACUCUACUGCCUUAGCGAUGAGGAUAACCAAAGUUGAAAGAGAAAAACGCUCCAUUGUCCUUUGCUGCGAGUGAGCAAAAUAUGCAAAUGUUUUCCGAUUGUUAAAACACAACUCAUUGCACAAGUGUUUCCUUAACGUUUAAUAAACAUACCAUUUUAUGUUCCGAGUGAAA